AGAGGCACUAACGAAGAGAAGCAGCGCCCCUUUCUCCUCCGCCCCACCUAGGCAGGAGGACAGGGCGCCAAGGCGGGCACAGGAGAAGAGCCCGGCGGGGUAGGCGGCCCGGAGCGGCUGAGUGCAUUAUUCCCCCCGGCGCCGGGAGGGAGGCUGUGGCGGCGCCGCCCUCUGGAGAGAGCGAGCCGGCGAGAGGCUGGUGCGAAGAGCAGCAUCUCAAUGAGGGACGGGCUAAUGCAAAUCGCCGCAAUCACCAGCAGACAGUAGAAGAAAGGCGAAGCAGCUGCCGCCCAGCCUCACCAGCAGCACCGGCCAGCCGGGGGGCCAGAAGACACAUAACAAAAGGCAUCCAAGCUGCUCUCUGCGACCACAGUUGCAAUCAAAGCAGGGUGGUAGGGCGGGGGAGUUGUUGAUCGGAGCGCUUUCAGCUGAAACCCAGCACCCCCUUCACAACCUGCCUACUUAGGUUUGGGGGCAAAGGCGCUUCCAACCCCCCAGCCCCCAAGAAAUAGAUUUACAUCAAAGAUGUCCUUUGGAAGAGACAUGGAGCUGGAACACUUUGAUGAGCGUGAUAAAGCACAGCGAUAUGGCAGAGGGUCACGGGUAAAUGGUCUGCCUAGCCCUACCCACAGUGCCCACUGCAGCUUUUACCGAACCCGCACUCUACAAACCCUCAGUUCUGAGAAAAAAGCCAAGAAAGUUCGUUUCUAUCGCAACGGAGACCGGUAUUUCAAAGGGAUUGUCUAUGCCAUCUCCCCCGACCGGUUUAGAUCUUUUGAGGCCCUGUUGGCUGAUCUGACCCGAACUCUGUCUGAUAAUGUGAAUCUGCCCCAGGGAGUGAGAACAAUCUACACCAUUGAUGGUGCCAAGAAGAUUUCCACCUUGGACCAGCUAGUGGAAGGGGAGAGCUAUGUGUGUGGUUCAAUAGAACCUUUCAAAAAACUGGAGUACACGAAGAAUGUAAACCCAAAUUGGUCAGUGAAUGUUAAGACAACAUCCACUUCCCGUACGGUGCCGUCUCUUGCCACUGUCAAAGGAAGUCCUUCAGAUACAAGAGAGAAUAAGGAUUUCAUUAGGCCUAAACUGGUCACCAUCAUCAGGAGUGGUGUGAAACCACGUAAAGCAGUCCGGAUUCUGCUUAAUAAGAAGACAGCACAUUCAUUUGAACAGGUUCUUACUGAUAUAACUGAUGCCAUCAAGCUGGAUUCGGGAGUGGUUAAACGCCUGUACACACUGGAUGGAAAACAGGUGAUGUGCCUUCAGGAUUUCUUUGGUGAUGAUGACAUUUUUAUUGCAUGUGGACCAGAAAAGUUCCGUUACCAGGAUGAUUUCUUGCUAGAUGAAAGUGAAUGUCGGGUAGUGAAAUCUACUUCCUAUACCAAAAUAGCUUCAACAUCACGUAGGAGCACCACCAAGAGCCCGGGUCCAUCUAGACGCAGCAAGUCUCCUGCCUCUACCAGCUCAGUUAAUGGAACCCCUGGUAGCCAGCUUUCUACUCCCCGCUCUGGGAAGUCUCCAAGCCCAUCUCCUACCAGCCCAGGAAGCCUGCGAAAACAGAGGAGCUCCCAACACAGUGGCUCCUCUACCUCAUUAGCAUCCACCAAAGUUUGCAGCUCCAUGGAUGAAAAUGAUGGACCUGGAGAAGAAGUGUUGGAAGAAGGCUUCCAGGUUCCAGCAUCAAUAGCAGAAAGAUAUAAAGUUGGAAGGACUAUAGGAGAUGGAAAUUUUGCUAUUGUAAAGGAGUGUAUAGAAAGGUCAACUGGUAGAGAAUAUGCUCUGAAAAUCAUAAAAAAAAGUAAAUGUAGAGGAAAAGAGCACAUGAUCCAGAAUGAGGUAUCCAUUUUAAGAAGGGUCAAACAUCCCAAUAUUGUUCUUCUGAUUGAGGAGAUGGACAUGCCAACUGAGUUGUACCUUGUCAUGGAGCUUGUAAAGGGAGGAGACCUUUUUGAUGCCAUUACCUCCACUAACAAAUACACAGAGCGGGAUGCCAGUGGGAUGCUGUACAAUCUGGCCAGUGCCAUCAAAUACCUCCAUAGCUUGAACAUUGUUCACAGGGAUAUCAAACCUGAGAAUCUACUGGUUUAUGAACACCAAGAUGGAAGCAAGUCUUUGAAGCUGGGAGACUUUGGGCUGGCAACAAUAGUGGAUGGACCUCUUUACACAGUCUGUGGGACCCCUACAUAUGUAGCUCCAGAAAUCAUUGCAGAAGCUGGAUAUGGCCUGAAGGUGGACAUCUGGGCAGCUGGUGUGAUUACUUACAUCCUGCUGUGUGGCUUUCCUCCAUUCCGUGGAUGUGGAGAUGACCAGGAAGUGCUUUUUGAUCAGAUUUUGAUGGGCCAGGUGGAUUUCCCAUCUCCAUACUGGGAUAAUGUUUCUGAUUCUGCAAAGGAACUUAUCACAAUGAUGCUUCAGGUAGAUGUAGAUCAGCGAUUCUCAGCCUUGCAAGUUCUCGAACAUCCGUGGGUUAAUGAUGAUGGCCUUCCAGAGAAUGAGCAUCAGCUUUCAGUAGCUGGGAAGAUAAAGAAGCAUUUCAAUACAGGGCCGAAACCCAACAGCACAGCAGCUGGAGUUUCUGUCAUAACACUGGACCACGGGUUUACCAUCAAGAGAUCAGGGUCUUUGGACUACUACCAACAACCAGGAAUGUAUUGGAUAAGACCACCGCUCUUGAUAAGGAGAGGCAGGUUUUCCGACGAAGACGCAACCAGGAUGUGAGGGGACGUUAUAAGACUCAGCAAGCUCCACCUGAACUCAACUCUGAAUCGGAAGACUAUUCACCAAGUUCAUCCGAGACUGUUCGCUCACCUAACUCACCCUUUUAAUAAAACACUUUUGCUCAAAGUCUUGGCUUAACCCUUUGAGAUUCUGAAAAUCCUCCAAACCUGUGUGAAACGGUUACAUCUGAUCUAUCUAGCACUAAUGCUCGAAUGAUGGAACAGAAAAGGGUGUUUACAGUAUCUUUGUAAUAAUAAUUUCCUAACUGACUGAAAUGAUACUUGUGCUCUGUCUAGAUUGUGACUUGCUGCUAAUAUGAUCCUCAAAGGGUUAAGACUAUUUUGCAUUUUUUUAAGAUAAGAGCAAUGAAUGUUUUCAUCAGUCAUGCUAGGACCCGCAGUUUGUAAUUUUAGCACAUGUUAACCCUCUGAGUGCAUAGUAAUCUUUAACCUUGAUGGCCCACACUAGGGCUUUAUUGAUUUAUAUGCACAUAUCUUUCCCCCCAUCUCCUUAGUUCUUUUCCCAGUGUUCUGGCCAAAACAAUAUUCAAAUGCUACUCUGUUUGAGAGAUUGCAAAUGGGAGUUUUUAAAAAUCUUGUUUUAAAGCAGCGUAUUCUAAACUUCUAUGAUAUUCUACCACAGAGGGCUGACCAUUAUUGGUAGGUGCCAUACAGGAUAAGUGGAAAAUUGGUGGUAGGAUUGCCUCAUAACAAUCUACCUAAGGUGACGUGACAAUACCAUCAAAAUUGUUGCUUCCACAUUAUUGGCUGCUAGCGGCUGUCGUGUAGUAGUGGCAGAGUCAUGAGAAGUGGGUGAAGGACACAUUCUAUCAUGCUUUGGUAUGUAAAGAUCUAAUUCUAAAACUUUCCCUGGCCACACACACAAGAAUGUACAGAUGUGGAAGAGCAAUUAGUUUCUCUGGAGCAUUGGGAUUUUGAAGAGGGAAUACUCCUCUCAACACAAUCAUGUUUUUUUCAUAAAUACACUGAGAUUACUACCAGGAGAGAGACUUUUAAGAGAGAGAGAUGAAAAAUCCAGCAUUAAAGGAAAGAGAAUUACCCUUACAAUAGUUACAAUAUUUAUAAAUUGGGGGAAAUACCUGGCAUGUUAACAUUUAAGAAAAGCCUUUGGGUGAAAUCCUGCUGUCCUCAUUGACAUCAAUGAGAAUUUUGUCUUAGAGUGGAAAAACUAAAAACUAUUCAUCUAGCGGAUCUGUGCUAUUAUAUACAGAGGGUGUGUGUGUGUGAAAAACACACAUGCGGGGUGAUAAACCUCAAGUCAGUGUGAUAGCAUUUCAUUUCAUCCUUGUACAAAGAAAAGCCAAUUCACAGAGAAGUUAUACUUCAUAAACUUUUGCUUCAAAUAGGAUCAUUUGAGUGAAAACAGUCCCAUAUUCUCACAAAAGUGGCACUAGUUGAGUGAAAAAUGACACAUUUCCAAAUUUUGAUUUUCAAAAUUAUAAAUAAAUAUAAGACCCGAGCAGAAAAUAUUAACUUUGAUGUUUCACAUGUUGGUUUUACAUUUUGGGGCUGUGCUCACAGAACUCCCAUGGAAAACCAUGAGAAUUCUGAAGGUGAGGGUCUUGUAGGAUCCAGCCUACUAUUGAUUUGCGUUCCUAAAGUACCAGUCACUGGAGUAGCCAGGUGCCAUCUUUUUCUGAAAUCUAAAAAGAUUCACUGAAAGACAUGUGUGUAAAUAGUUUAGGUCAAUUCCUUUCUCUUCUCUACUCUCUUUAGAAUGUGCCCAUUUCUCCUUAUUCCCAGUGUAAGGUUUUUAUAUUUCAAACAUUUAACACAUUUUGAACCAAGGGAACCUCAUUUCACAAGUUUUUAUUCAAGUGAUGGAAAACAUUGAUUAGAGUUCUUUGGUUUCGAUCUAUCCAUUUGAUUGUGGGGGAGGUCCCUGAUGGCUCUGCAUAGCCCCAUUGACUUUAGUGGGAUGCAGCACACAAGUGUAAGGAUCUCAAUCAGAUUACAGGAUUGAGGCCUUUAUUGGCAACUGAAGCAUAAUUAACAGAGGAACACUGGUUAAAGUAUAAAAUUAAUUGUGCCCCAAGCAGAAAAACUCAUCAGGUUUCUGGGGAACUCCAUAGGGGUAAUGGGAUAUGUAGCUACAGCACAACUAAACGUCAGAGUUUGGAGUGUGCUUCCUGGCUAUUUUGCCUCCCUUGUCAAGGUCAGGGGAAAGGGCGGAAGAGCUAUAUAGUGGCAGAUCAUCUGACCCUGCACAACCACCCCUAAAAAGUCACUGCACAAAGAGAUUUCAUGGUAGGUAUGAAAUCAUCUUGGUGUCACCCCAUUGGGCAGCAGUACCAGAGCAAUUGCAUUACAUAAGUGUCCUCUACUCUGGCGAAAGAGUGGGUAGGAUUUGGCCCACAGUGAAUCAAUGUUCACAGCUAGGUCCUCAGCUUGUCUAACUCAGUGUAGCUCCUUUGAAGUCAAUACCGACUUACAGCAGCUUAUAUAGCCCCUCACAUUAUAAUACAGCCUUCCCUUUAGAACAGAUGCAACUCGAUGCAAAUAUAAAGAUAUUUAUAUGGCAAUCAGAAGUGUCCAUUAAUAACACGUGCUUUUUUGACUAUCAGCAAAACGUUGGCAGUUUCAAAGGAACAAGGACAAAGUUCGUUCGUUCUUAAUUAAAUAGAGGAGUUGGGGAAAAAACAGGUAUGAAACAUGCUUCAUCUCAUGAAUGUGUAGUGUCAUUUGAGAUCUUCCUAUCACCUUUGCUUUUGUUUUAGACUCCAGGCCUAUCAUUAAAAUAAGAUGUUUGGCUCCAUCGUACACCAUAUUGUACCACUUAAAACAUAUAUAAAAAUAACCCCAGCCCCUGAAAUUUCCACUCAUCCCUUGCAAAUUCUGAUCUUUGGCUCAUGUUUUACUGACAUAACUCCUAUAACAUUUUACAGUUAUAUUCUUUAGGCCCCUUCAAGAAUGUGCACCAAAUUGUUGAAUGGGGCCUUUUCAUGGUUUCAAGAAAAACGAUCAGAAUAUUUUAACAGUUUUAAAAGAGGGGGUAUCAGGAUUAUAAAAUUAAGGUUUCAGAUAGUUAAUGGUUGAUGCUUGUUUGCCAAAGAAAUACAAGGCCAAAUUUUGCCUCUACUUACACCUUUGUAACCCCACUAAGUUCCUGGGUGUAACUGAGACCAGAAGGUGGGACCCUUAGAAUAUCUAAACUUUAGUCAAAGAAACUGAACAGAUUGGGGCUAACAGACAGUUUCUAAUAUGAAUGCACUUAAAAAUCUAAUAUGAGAGCAUAUGGCAUAGUAGUCAUUUUACUGUAAACCAUCCAAUAGCUUCACUUUACACGUUAUAUUGGUGCUAAACAUUAAACUAAAACAAAAUAGAAAAUAUGCAUUGUAUUUACAGACUGUAAAUGCACCACUUCAUUAUUUUUUAUGCAUGUUGCUAACUGUCUGUCUCUUCUGGUGAGUUUACCUGCAGUAAACUAACUUUAUGGUAAAUGCAAUACUCAUCUGUGAUGGUGCCCUUCCCAUCUUUGUGCAUUUUGAGUAUUGUGCUGAAUAAAUUUAGAAUGUGAUUGAUCAUGUGAAAAGGGAAAUCAGCAACCCCAUUAGAUAUAAUCUUAUUAGCAUUUAUCUACAAAAAUAUCCAGGAUAUUAUAGUUGUACUCAGAGGGUUAACAGAAAAGCACAAGGCAUGCUGAUUACAUUGGUGUAUCCAAACUGCUUUGCUUUUUUAGCCAGUGUUUGCUAAUUUUUCAGAAAAUUCUUGGAAAAUUUAAAGUUUAAAAUAAUUUAAGUGUUGUUGUUCAAGGAAUUUCUAUAACCAAAUUAAUCUUAUUUUUAGUUUAACUUAUCACAGGAAUAAUAUGUAUCAUUAACGCAGUGUAAGUCUGUAGUUAUAAAUUUUAUUAAUUCCACAAGUGAUUCAAGAUUUUUUUUAAGUACUUAAUAUAGAGCUUACAAUGGUGGCAUAGGUGACUGAGACUGUCUUUCUUUUUGGUAAACAAACAAUAUUGUGUAAAUCUUUGUAGAUGAGAACUGUUCAUAUGAAUGAACACACUUUUUUUCUUGACAUUGUAGCAGAAACUGUUUACUUGUUGAUGAUCAACCAAUACAUUAAUUUGCUUCAGACUGUUACAGGGGAAAGUGAGACUCCAGUCAUUGAAAAUGUUAUUGCUUUACAGUAGCCCUCAUCUAAUUUAAAUGUGGUGCAUACUACAAUAAGCAAAGCCAAACCUGUGAAUAAAUUACUCAAAAAGCUU